CGUUACGACAUUGUAUCGCGUCACAUGUCGCGCUCGCUCGGCAAGUCUGGAAGCGAAAGUUGCUGGGUGCUCGCUGGCGCGUGGCCAUCCGAACGGCAUCGGUGUGCGGCGCCGAUCUGGGCGCGGCGGAGCUGGUGAUUUCGCCGGAGCUGCUGUACCGUGGACGGAGAGCGGAUCUCCUCUCCCGUCGUCAGCAGUACGCCGCUCCGGCAGUCAGUCGCGCGAACCUGCACAGUCUGCCGUGCUCAGGGCGUGCUGGAAACAGUGUGAGCUGAUGGAGCUGCGUGGGUCGCGUCUGACACUGGUGCUGCUUCUAGUGAGUAUCGUGUGCUGUGAGAGAGUCCCGGAGCCGGCUGACACCGGAGGGGCUAGAAGAGAGACCCGCCACGCCCCCCUGCCGCCCUGGCGACGGCCACACCCGCCGCCGCCGCCGCCGCCGCCGCGGCCUGGCCAGCGUGGCCUCCAGCCGAGACCUGAAGAGACGGCGGCGCUGCAUCCGCGACAUCCGCUGAGGCUCUACAGCCACCGCGACGGACCCCACGUGCACCCGGCACCCAGACCGGGACCGCCGCACGGGCAGGACUUCCAGCUGGGACCGCCGCACGGGCUGGAUUUCCAGCUGGGACCGCCGAAAGGGCCGGACUUUCGACCGGGACCGCCGAAAGGGCAGGACUUCCAGCCCGGACCGCCGCACGGACCGGACUUCCAGCUGGUACCGCCGAAAGGGCAGGACUUUCGACCGGGACCGCCCCACGACGGGCCGGAUUUCCGACCCGGACCGCCCUCCAGGCCGGAAUUUGGACCGGGACCGCCACUCUCGUCGGACAUUCGGCCCGAGCGGCCACAUUACGAGAAGUUCCGAUCGGAACCGCCACACGGACAGGAACCCGGGCCGAGUUUGCAGCAGCAAGACGAGUUCAGUUUCGGUUUCGGUGAUUCUAGCCUGUCUCAACAGCAGCGCGAUGAAUAUCCGGGAUCGCCUCAGCCGGACUUUCAUUCAGAGCCGAAGAGCGGGUGUCGCAUCAAUGGAAAGAUGUACGCACCCGGGCAGAGUUGGCACCUCGCCAACUGUCGACGGGGUACUUGCGUCAAGUUUGGUCACAACUACUACGUUUCAGAAGAUAGGUGCUCGGUGAAAUACCACAACGCCAACUACGCUUGUGUGAUUUACCAGGACAAAGACCGGCCGUAUCCGGACUGUUGUCCGUACUACCGCUGCAAUCCGGAGAAUUAAGUACCGUGGUAACGGAUAAUUAGUUUUCCACUGGGUGUAACACUGUUGUUGUCCGUAAAACCGCUGUAUUCCGGAGAACUAAACGUGACGGCUAACUAGUGCUCCUCUGGGUGUAACACUGCUGUCCGUACUACCGCUAGCCGCUAGUAUCUGGAGAUCUGAAUGCUGCAGUUGCGGCUAACUAGUCUCCUCCGGGUGUAACGUUGUGUUGUCCGUAAAACCGCUGUAUUCCGGAGAACUAAACGUGACGGCUAACUAGUGCUCCUCUGGGUGCAUAACACUCUCUUUUGUUAUGGAGGUGUCACUGUACUGAUGCAAUGACAUCAAAGGUAGCACUACGACAGUGAACUGUUCUGCAGCGAUUACCUGGUGUCCUGGUUUUAUGGAUGUGUGGAAUGUGUCAGGCGCUAGGGGCUGUGAUUCAUGUAUGGAAGUUGGGAAUGUUUACCUGCUCUCCCAUGAUUCAGGAGGUCACAGUGGGUCAUUUUAUGUGUGCAUUUGUACAUUGUGUGUGUGUUGAAACAGCAAAAUCACCUAAAUAUAAUAUGUGAUUCA